AUGAGUCGCUCAUUGAAAGCUUUCAACAAACACCUCACUCUCCUCCCUCUCCCUCUCCACAUGCGCUAUGCUUCUUCCCAUGCCUUCAUAACAUCCUCUUCUUUCCCUCUUUUCCCACAUCUUGUUUCCUACCCCAGGUUCUCUUUCUCUCAGCGUCGUCCGCUCUCUUCAUCUGCACCUGCUACAUUAAUGGAGGUGGUCAAAGCAAUUGCAAAGCAAGAACCUACAGCUCAUGAAAAUGUUGCUAUCAGAGCUGAUCAGAAGAGUUAUAGUUACAAGCAACUCAUCUCAUCAGCACAGAGAAUAUCUAGUCUCUUGUGUGCCAGUGAUGCACAAACAGGAAAUCUUGGUGGUGCUCGAAUAGGAAUUGUAGCCAAACCCUCUGCUGAAUUUGUUGCUGGAAUGCUUGGGAUUUGGCUCAGUGGAGGUGUUGCUGUUCCCCUUGCAAUCAGCUAUCCAGAAGUAGAGCUCUUGUAUGUGAUUAAUAAUUCGGAUAUAUCUGCUAUACUGAGUACUGAAGAGCAUAGUGAAUUAAUGCAAAGGGUAGCCGCUAAAAGCUCUUCUCAAUUUUUUCAUCUUCCACCUGUUGUCAAUAAGUCUUCAGAGAAAAGCAGAGAUGAACAUCUUCAGAAUGGGGAAAGUCAUACAGACAGAAUUUUGUGGGAUGAUAUUGGAAGAUCAAGUGAAGAUCCAGCACUGAUUUUGUACACUAGUGGGACUACAGGUAAACCUAAGGGAGUUGUUCAUACACACCGAAGCAUCUUUUCCCAGGUCCAAACCUUGACAAAAGCAUGGGAGUACACAUCUACUGACAAGUUUCUGCAUUGUCUUCCACUACAUCAUAUCCUUGAAAGUUUGUGUGUAUACAUCUUUCAAUAUUUUUCUAAUUAUUUAAAACAUACACAUCUCUAG